AUGGUUGUUAUCUAUCUAUCUAUCUAUCUAUCUAUCUAUCUAUCUAUCUAUCUAUCUCAGUUCAUUAUUAAUAUAGUUAUCAUUUCGGUGUCUUCAUAUCUAUCUAUCUAUCUAUCUAUCAGUUUUAGUGUUUUCAUUCUAUUACCUAUCAUUAUCUAUCUAUCUAUCUUAGUCUGCUCAGCACUUCUUGAAUUCAUCUAUCUAUCUAUCAGAAUAUCUAUCUCAGUCAUCCUUAUUCUAUCUUCUAUCAUCUAUUCAUGCGGUAUAUUCAUUCAUAUCUAUCUCUACCUCAGCUCAUUAUCUAUCUAUCUAUCUAUCUAUCUAUCUAUCUAUCUAUCUAUCUCAGUCUGUUCAUAUCUUUUUCUGUUCAUAUCUAUCUAUCUAUCUAUCUUAGUCUGUACAUAUCUAUCUAUCGAUUUAUCUAAGUAUCUAUCUACAUCUAUUUUUAUCUAUCUAUCUAUCUAUCUAUCUAUCUCGGUAUAUUCAUUAUCUAUCUAUCUAUCGACCUGUCUAUCUGUCUGUUCAUAUCUAUCUAUCUAUCUAUUUUUCCUCUUCUCACUCUGCCAUCCUUUCCACAAAACAACCAACCAAUUGGCAUCAGCAACACCAGAAAGCGUAACCAGAAAGCAACAAACAUUUCUCCCAGCGUCACCAUUACAAUUUUGCCGCGCGCCACGUCGCCUGAAGCGCGGGAAAUCGGCAUCGCUCGCGUCAAAAUGGCGUGCAUCUAGUAAUGGCGUCCGACUGCCGUUCUAUCUAUCUAUCUAUCUAUCUAUCUGCUUCCUAAUAUAUCAAUCUUUUCUAUCUGUGUCAGUUUGUUCAUCUCUCUUUCUCUCUCUCAAUCUGUCAGUUUGUUCAUAUCUAUCUAUCUAUCUAUCUAUCUAUCUCUCUAUCUAUCUAUCUAUCUGCCUCCUAAUAUAUCAAUCUAUCUAUCUGUGUCAGUUUGUUCAUCUCUCUUUCUCUCUCUCAAUCUGUCAGUUUGUUCAUAUCUAUCUAUCUAUCUAUCUCUCUAUCUAUCUAUCUAUCUAUCUUACUCUAUUAGUAUCUAUCUCACUCUGUUCAUAUCUAUCUAUCUAUCUAUCUAUCUAUAUAUAUAUAUAUAUAUAUAUCACUCUGUUCAUAUCUAUCUAUCUAUCUAUCUCAGUCAGUUCAUAUCUAUCUAUCUAUCUAUCUAUCAAUCUAUCUAUCUAUCUAUCUAUCUAUCUUGGUGCGUUCAGGCUAGCUGGCUAUCCGUCUAUCUAUCUAUCUUCACGUCUAUCUGUCUAUCUCAGUCUCUUCAUAUCUAUCUAUCUAUCUGCGUCAGUUUGUUCAUCUCUAUCUGUCCAUCUAUCUUACUAUCUCUGUCAGUUUGUUCAUAUCUAUCUAUCUAUCUUGCUCACUGGAUUACAUCCUCUCUUGAAUUAUCCACAUGGAUUACCAAACCCUUCAUUACCUUUCUCUCUCUCUCUCUCUCUCUCUCUCUCUCUCUCUAUCUAUCUAUCUAUCUAUCUAUCUCUGUUCAUAUCUAUCUAUAUAUUAAUCACAGUCUUUUCAUAUCUAUGUAUCUAUUCUGUUCCUAUCUAUCUAUCUAUCUAUCUAUCUAUCACAGUCUUUCAAUUAUCUAUCUAUAUGCCUGUCUUUCUGUCUGUCUGUUUAUCACAGUCUUUCAAUGAUCUAAUUAUCUAUCUAUCUCAGUCUGUUCAUAUCUAUCUAUCUAUCUAUCUAUCUAUCUAUCUAUCUAUCUUUCCUUCUCCACUUCCUUCUUUUCUCUCUUUCCCUCUCUCUACUGAUACGUUUCUCCCUUAA